AUGGUUCACAAGGACACUUUUAUCAAGCUUAAGCGACAAGGCCUAUGUGCAUCCACGCCGAUAAAUCUUCUUGCCCACAGCUUGGCUCAAUAUGAAACAGAAUGGGUGGAAAACGGCGGGAUCACAGGUCGAGGAGCUCUGAUUGACUACUACCACUGGACUAAGUCCACUGAGAAGACUUUUGAUGUCAAUGGAGGGGACAAAAUCAGUCUCCAGGAUGUGAAGGACGUGUUGGCAUUUCAAAAAACGACCAUAAAGCCAGGUGACAUCCUUAUCUUCCGCACCGGAUGGCUAUCAUGGUAUCAGUCUAUGGAUUGUACGGUACGACAUGCGAAUCUUUGCAUUGAGAACAAGCCGGGUGCGCAUCGCUUCAUCGGCCUUGCACAGGAGGCUGAUUUUGUCGCCUGGCUCUGGAAAAAUUAA